GCUCGAGCCGCCAGCUCCCGCCGCACCCCCGGCCCACCUAGUGGCCCUGGCCGCGGCCCCCGCGGCGGUUCCCCGAGCUCAUCCCGGACGCGCGCCCGGGCGGCGGGGGCUCGGCGGCCACCGCUGCCUCGGGGGAGCGAGGGCGGGAGGGUGUGUGUGCGCGCGUGUGAGCAGGGGGUGCCGGCGGGGCUGCAGCGGAGGCACUUUGGAAGAAUGACUCUGGAGUCCAUCAUGGCGUGCUGCCUGAGCGAGGAGGCUAAGGAAGCCCGGCGGAUCAACGACGAGAUUGAGCGGCAGCUCCGCAGGGACAAGCGGGACGCCCGCCGGGAGCUCAAGCUGCUGCUGCUCGGGACAGGAGAGAGUGGCAAGAGUACGUUUAUCAAGCAGAUGAGAAUCAUCCACGGGUCGGGCUACUCUGAUGAAGACAAAAGGGGCUUCACCAAGCUGGUGUAUCAGAACAUCUUCACGGCCAUGCAGGCUAUGAUCAGAGCCAUGGACACGCUCAAGAUCCCCUACAAGUACGAGCACAAUAAGGCUCAUGCACAAUUAGUUCGAGAAGUUGAUGUGGAGAAGGUGUCUGCUUUUGAGAAUCCGUAUGUAGAUGCAAUAAAGAGUUUAUGGAACGAUCCUGGAAUCCAGGAAUGCUAUGACAGACGACGGGAAUAUCAGUUAUCUGACUCUACCAAAUACUAUCUUAAUGACUUGGACCGCGUUGCCGACCCCGCCUACCUGCCUACGCAACAAGAUGUGCUCAGAGUUCGAGUCCCCACAACAGGGAUCAUCGAAUACCCCUUUGACUUACAAAGUGUCAUUUUCAGAAUGGUCGAUGUAGGGGGCCAAAGGUCAGAGAGAAGAAAAUGGAUACACUGCUUUGAAAAUGUCACCUCUAUCAUGUUUCUAGUAGCGCUUAGUGAAUAUGAUCAAGUUCUCGUGGAGUCAGACAAUGAGAACCGAAUGGAGGAAAGCAAAGCACUCUUUAGAACAAUUAUCACGUAUCCCUGGUUCCAGAACUCCUCAGUUAUUCUGUUCUUAAACAAGAAAGACCUUCUAGAGGAGAAAAUUAUGUAUUCCCACCUAGUUGACUACUUCCCAGAAUACGAUGGACCCCAGCGAGAUGCCCAGGCAGCUCGAGAAUUCAUCCUGAAGAUGUUCGUGGACCUGAAUCCAGACAGUGACAAAAUUAUCUACUCCCAUUUCACAUGCGCCACAGACACCGAGAACAUCCGCUUUGUCUUUGCUGCCGUCAAAGACACCAUCCUCCAAUUGAACCUGAAGGAGUACAAUCUAGUCUAAUUGUGCCUCCUUGACAGCGCCCUUCCCUUCCCUGGUGGGCUAUUGAAGCUAUACAAGAGGGACUGUAUUUCUGUGGAAAACAAUUUGCAUAAUACUAAUUUAUUGCCGUCCUGGACUCUGUGUGAAUGUGUCCACAGAGUUUGUAGUAAAUAUUAUGAUUUUAUUUAAACUAUUCAGAGGAAAAACAGGAUGCUGAAGUACAGUCCCAGCACAUUUCCUCUCUUUUUUUUAGGCAAAACCUUGUGACUCAAUGUAUUUUAAAUUCUCAGUCAUACACUCACAAAGAGCUGUUUCUUCCUCUCUCUCUCUCCCCUCUUCUUUUCUAUUAAGCAAAAUGAAGCUGAUUUUCCUUUUCCUAACCCAUCCCCCCUUCCUCCUGAUUCUUCCCACAUUACAAUGGCCUUUAUCCUAGUUCCAUUCUUGGUCAAGUUUUUCUCUCAAAUGAUACAGUCAGGACAAUUGUCAUUCAACUUAAGCCAUCAACAUCAGCUUAAUUUAACAGUUUGUAGUUUUUGCUGAAGGAUUAUAAGUAUUAAUACUGUGGUUUUAAAUGUAUUGCUCUGGAUACACACGUAGAGGGUUUUUUUUAUAUAAAUAUAUUGUUUUGCCUCACUUUGGGCUGGGACAGUGGAUGCUCAUCUAACGGUUAAGUGUCUUUUUUUUUUUUUGGAUUUCUACCUUCAGCCAUAGCUUGGUUGCUCAGUGAACUGUACAGCAGUCAGUAAGGCAAGGGCCAAGACACACAGAAGUCCUUUCUUUUGAAAUGCCAUGUGCCAUUGUCCUUCCUCCUUUCCUUCCCUUUUUUUUUUUUUUUUUUUUUUCACCCUGCUUUCUUCAAACUGCAGAUGCCAAAAAAAGAUGCCAAGAGACACUACAUUAUCCCAAUGGCUGCUACCCGGAUCCUUUUCAUAGGUUGCUCUUAAUUUUUGUUUCCUUCAGUUCAAACUUUUCCUCCCCCUUUUUUUUUCUUAGUGUUUGGGCCACAAUUUUUUAAAUGACUUAUAUUAAUGGGUAUGUGUUGCCAAAGCUGGCUUUAAAAAAAAAAUUUUUAGUAAGAACCUAAAAGAUAAAAGCCAGUAUCUUAAAAUGUAAGAGAGUAAGACCGUGAAGCCUAAAAUGUUUGGCUGCAAAUGAACAUGAAACACCAGUUGCCAAACGGUCACUGUCACUUUGACUCUCAUACUCCAUCCUUUUCUUUGCCCUUAAAAUCACAUUGUUUUGUGUCCACAUUCCAUGUUGAGCAUCUAAAUCAACAAUGCGGAAAAGCUGUCCUGUGUGAUACCCCAUGAAAUCUGCUUUUAUCUCUUCAUUGGAAGCCAGUUUUACUCACUUUGUGUUCUUUAAGGUCAAGUAGGUCUGCCAAGAACAUUGAUUGAUAGUAUUAUUCUGACACCUUUAAUUUGCAGAAUCUGAAGUUACUGCUAGUUUGCCAUCUUUGGGAUCUUAAACUGGUGACUGGCUGAGUUGAACUUAAGGAAGAUUUGUGGACCGAAACUCAAAAGUAACCUCUCUGUUCUAUAGAACAUGUAUUUAUAUAACUGAACAUAGUAGGAGAGAGAGAUCUGGAAUUCUAUAUGUGCAAUUUUUCAACCAAUGCAAAAAACACAGCACAUGUAUUGAUGAGCUUCUGUCAAGCAGUUUGAGUUGAAAUAUGAUUUAAGAAAAUAAGUCAUGACUAUUUUAAACCUGCUGGGAAGUUAGAAUUAGGCCAUGAUGCUGGUCUCAGUUUAACUACAGUACUAUUUGGCACAAGUCUAAACUUUCAUAUACAUCAUUCUUUUGGAACAGUAAAGGAGAGGGAGAAAAAUCAAUGGCUUAUCAGAUGAGUACCAGAGUUACUAAGGAGUAAUGGGAUGUUCCCAUUCUUUACUCUCCCAGCCUCAAACUAUACAGGUUACUUGUUUUUUUUUCUCCUUAUUCAGAAAGCACCUGUAAUUUAAUUAAGAAACAGACUGCCUGUAGGUAUAGUGCAAUUACGAAUGCUCUAAUCAUUGUACAUACAUCUCUCCCUUGAUAUUGCAUCAUCCAUACUGGCUUUGUAAUCAUUAAUUUUUUGGCAGAUUGAAUGUGCUGUAUUGAUAUGUAUCUAUGUAAUUGUAUUGUGUGUCUUAUAGCUAAUUCACAUUUUGAAUAAUGUUAUUUUAUUUACUUUUUUAAGAGAGGAGAAUGUAAAUUUGUCAGUUUAUUUCUGACUAGGGAUUUUUUUUUUUUUUUUUCCAUUUAGAAAAGAAAAAAAAAAAAAAACCUUACUAUCGUACGGAGCGGUACUAGCAUCGUGCUAUAUAAAAUCAUUUGCACAUUCCUGAGUAGAGGUAUACUGAUUGUAAGACCCAAAGGUCUUAAGACCCAAAGGUAAUUUCAUAGCAAAAAUCAGUUGGAGCUUUUAUACAAACAUGGGAACCAACUUUGUAGAACUUUUGCCAUUUGACCUAGGAUUGGAAUAUGAGCUUUUAUACAAUUCAUAUUCUUAUUUGGCAAAUAUGCACAGUUUAGUAUUACCUCUCUGAUGGCCUUUAUUAGAAAGGCAGUUUUAGAAGCUAUUGUGAUCCACUAAGGAAAUGUUUUAACAGCUAGCAACCACUGCUUGCCUGAAAGGGCGAUCUUAAAUUUGGUGCAGCAAAAAAAAAAAAAAAAGAAAAAAGAAAAAAAAAAAGAA